GUGGUCGGAAAGGUCACUUUUUUAUGACAGUUUCGGAACGCAGUCUAUUAUGAGGUUAUAGCUUUUUUCGCGGAUAUAUAUACAGUGAUCUAUUAUUAGAACAAAGAAAUAAUACAUACAAAUAUCUGUGGAAUAAUACAUACGAGUAUUUCAUGAACAGGAAUUAUAAUUUCUGACAUGAUAGACUGUGUUCCAAAAUUUAUCAUAAACGAUUGUCUAAUGUGUUUGGUACAAGUCGUGUAGGUGUGAUAUAUAAAUCUUACUCAAUAUGUUUUCGUAUAAACAAAUUACCACAUUUGCCUAUGACACAAAGGAUUUUAAUUUUCUCGUUAAUUCAUGCGAGGAAAAUGAGUCUUUAUUUGAUAACACUUUACGACAUAUGUGGAAACAAGCUGAAGAAAUUAAAGCAUUUCGCUAUAUAUUAAAUAUACGAGAGAGUAAAACAUUGAAGGGAAAAUACAGAUUUCUAGUACAGUUAAAUCCAGAUAGAGCACAAUGUAGACGUGCCCCGGAAUCAAUCACAUCUACAUUACAAUCUUUCAGCUUUUUGGGUUUUAAUUUCACUAAACUAACACGGCAAGAAAUAUUAUUUGACGUAGGAAAUGGCGACGCAAACGACAUUAUUGCAAUUAAUGCCAGUCCUUUGGAGCAAUGUCACUGUUUACUUCUUACAGAACGUUUCAAAUAUUUGCCACAAAUUAUGACAGAGUAUAGUCUUCAUAAAGUAAUAGAAUUAUGUCUACUAAGCAAUUUAUGGUCUUUGAGGGCUGCUUUCAAUGGUUUAUGUGCUCAUGCCUCUGUGAAUCAUUUACAUUGGCAUUUGUACUAUUUAAAAUAUGAGAUGCUACUUGAAUAUAUUGAUCUUUGCAGUUAUAUUUCUGGUAUAUACUUGUUAGUAGAUUAUCCAGCGAAAGGAUUCUGUCUUAAAUUUUCUGAUUUUAAAAAUAUUAAAGAUUUUGUAUCUCGUACAUUCGUUGUUGUAAACCAUUUACAAUUACGUCAAAUGGCAUAUAACGUAUAUAUUACACGAGCAAAAUCAAAAUCUAACGAUGAAUUAUACAAUGAUAUACGUAUUUACAUCUGGGUUAGAAAGCCAUUAAUUGGUGUUAAAGAUACAAUUGCAUUUAUACCUGGAGUUUGUGAACUCUUUGGACAUUUAUCAAUUAAAGAUGAAAAUGCAUAUAAUAGCUUAACAGAAGAUAAUGUAAAUAAUGUUCUUUAUAAUAUUACGGAAGAAUAUUUUUCAUUAAUUAAAGAUGAACUUAAAAUUAUUUUAGAAAAAUAAAAUGUUUAUUAUACAUUUAUGCUUUAUUCACUUCAGCAUUAUAUAGCCAAGAAGUGGGACUUGGUUUAUAUAAAGUACUUAGUCUCACUUACACAUCCAUACACUUGCUUCACCGUUACCAUAUCCUAUCUUUUUCCUUAACUUUUGUGCUGUAAAUUCUCUAAUUAAUUUAUAUUAAUCUAUGCCUAAACCUAAAUUAGCUCAAAAUUUAUUUUAAUCCUAAUGUCAAGUAAACUUCUAGCUAACACUAAGAUACAGCCUCUAUAUCACUACUACUAUUUUCCUGCCUGGAACCGUUCAAGCGACUCAUUAUCCUCUCUUUUUCUGUCCAUAAUCUCUUUAAAAUCUCUCCCUAUCUAGAUUCUAGAUUCUAGACCAUUAUUUCACCCAGCAAACACAGAACAUUGCAGCAACAUCACGGCAAUGUUGUAACAUUGUAGCAACAUUACAGCAAUAUUACAACGUUGUUGCAAUGUUCUGUGUUUGAUGGGCAUAAUCUUCCUAAUCUCUUCUCUCUAUCCUUUUCCAGUUGCCAAAACCAAUAUUUUGCUUUUUCACAUUUCUCUGCAAAAUGUUCCAUAUUAUCGAUCCCUACCGUGGUUGCAAAAUAUACAUUUCCAAAAUAUUCUUUUCCUUUCCUCUAUCCAGUAUUUGUUUUCCUCCUCCAUAUUCCCACAUCUUUGUCAGUCUAAUCUAAUCAAUACUCUUGUGAUUUGUUAAAUAUUUGAGUAUACCAACCACUAGAGAAGGACCACAAUCCGGAUGGUCGAAACGUAGUGGAUGUAACAUAUAUAGUACUAACUCGCUGGAAGCUUGUUUUGUCGAAUUUUGUAAGCUUCCCGGGAGCUCAGCGAAAUGAACUUCCUGGAAGUUUGUUUUGUCGAAUUUUAUAAGCUCCCUGGGAGCUCAGCGAAAUGAACUUCCUAGGAGCUUAAUCGGAGCUUUGUGCUGUGUAGGAUCCUUUGCCUAGGUGUGGGUUGAAUCUUACUUUAUGUAGAUAUUAUAUCAACCAGGAUAUUAAUUAAGCCUAUUUUUCUGCGUAUUUAACGAUUUCGGAGCGAAAUUACUGUGUAUCGAUCAUGUCUUUCAUACUUAACAUAACUGCUAUAUUUUCAAAAUUUUUUGUUAAUAAAUAUUUAAUAAAAAACGAUAGCCGGCUAAAACUUGAAGGUUGCUCAGGAGGGUGACCAGGAGGUUGAGGGUGACAACAUAUGUCAAGGUCAAGGUCAUCGGAGCUGACUCCCCUAGAGUACAUAAAUAUCAAAACUUGUUUGUUAAUAACUUUUUAAUAAACAAUGAACGUCAGCUAAAAUCUUCUGUAGGUCACUCAGGAGGGUGACCUUGACAACAUAUGUCAAGGUCAAGGUCAUCGGAGCUGACUCCCCUA